AUGAGUGACGUUCCCAAGAUCCUCAAGUGCCAUCAGCAAAACUUUGAGCCGUAUUUGUGUGCUAUACAAAUUAAAUGUUGUAUGGGCGAGUUCCCCGAUUUAGCAUUUGUACUAGAAAGCACAGCUAAAGAAAUCCACGGCUACAUACUUGGUGAAAUGAGAAUUAAAAAGAAACAGGAGUACGGAGUACUGACCUCAUUGGCAGUUAAUAAACAAUUCCGAGAAAAGGGGUACGGUACAAAAUUGUGCAACUCCCUUUUUAAUGCCCUGGUCCAAAAUUACAAAGCGAAUAUGGUAACCGUAUACACCAGCAUUACCAACGAGCUUGCUUUACAGUUUUACAAAAAUUUAAACUUUGAAAAUGAAGGAAUUGAAUCAGAGUAUUUUUCCGACAUGAAAGAUGCCUACGUACUGAAACGCAAUUUAUCCAACUUCGUUGUAACUGAAGGAGUUGGCAAUUGA